CCCCCCAACCACUGGGCAUGGGGGCGCAGCGGGGCCUGCCGGCGCUGCCUGUGGGGCGCUGAGCGGCGCUGCCUGGAGCGGACAGCCCGGCCGCCCGGCCCCGUCUCCGUGGGAGCAGCGCCGAGACCAUGGCGGAGAACUUGCUGGACGGGCCGCCCAACGCUAAGCGGGCCAAGCUCAACUCCCCGGGCUUCUCCGCCUCCGACACUGCAGAUUUUGGAUCUCUGUUUGACUUGGAAAACGAUCUUCCUGAUGAGUUGAUCCCUAAUGGAGAGUUGAAUCUUUUAAACAACAGUGGGAAUCUUGUUCCAGAUGCAGCUUCUAAACACAAACAACUUUCGGAUCUUCUGAGGGGAGGAAGUGGCUCUUUAAACCCAGGAAUUGUAAAUGUGAGCUCCAGUAACCAGGUCCCACCAGGAGUCAACAGUCAAGUCCAAGGGCAGCCAAAUAGCGUGAACAUUGGCAACCUGAGUGCAAUGGGAAAGAAUCCUUUAAACCAGGGAGAUGCUGCUACAUCAACUCUGGUCAAGCAGACAGCCAGCACAUCUGGGCCCAGCACACCAGCUACUCAAGCCUUGACCUCUCAGGCACAAAAACAAGUAGGGAUGGUGACAAGCAGCUCAGCAACCUCUCAGACAGGAUCUGGGAUAUGUAUAAACAGUGGCUUCAGUCCGGCACAUCCGGGUCUUCUCAGUAGUAAUUCUGGCCACAAUUUAAUGAAUCAGACCCAACAAGGGCAGGUAAUGAAUGGAUCCCUUGGGGCAGCUGGGAGAGGAAGAGGAGCUGGAAUGCAGUAUACGGCACCCACCAUGCAGGGCAAUGCAGGCAGCGUGCUAGCAGACACCUUAACGCAAGUGUCUCCCCAAAUGGCAAGUCACGCAGGACUGAACCCAACCCAGGCAGGAGCCAUGGCAAAAAUGGGAAUGGCCAGUAACACAAGUCCCUUCGGGCAACAAUUUAGUCAGACUGGAGGGCAGCAGAUGGGAACAACAGGAGUGAACCCUCAGUUACCAGUUAAGCCAGGCGUUGGCAAUAGCUUGUCUCCCUUUCCUACAGACAUCAAGAGUGUCUCAGUUACCAGUGUGCCAAAUAUGCCUCAAAUGCAAACCCAGGUACAGCAGGUGGGAAUUGUACCAACACAGGCAAUGGCAACAGGACCUACAGCUGAUCCUGAAAAGCGCAAACUUAUUCAGCAACAACUGGUUCUUCUUCUUCAUGCUCACAAGUGUCAAAGACGAGAGCAAGCAAACGGAGAGGUGCGCGCUUGUGCUCUUCCCCACUGUCGAACGAUGAAAAAUGUUCUCAAUCACAUGACACACUGUCAAGCUGGAAAGGCCUGUCAAGUUGCCCACUGUGCAUCAUCACGUCAGAUCAUAUCCCACUGGAAGAAUUGUACACGACAUGAUUGCCCUGUGUGUCUUCCAUUGAAAAAUGCUAGUGACAAGAGAAACCAGCAACCGCUCCUUGGAUCCCCUGGUAAUGGAAUCCAGAAUUCUGUUGCAUCUGGAGCAAGCCAGCCAACAACUCCAUCCCUAAGUAACCCUAACCCAAUUGACCCCAGCUCCAUGCAGCGAGCUUAUGCUGCUCUUGGCUUGCCCUAUGGAAAUCAGCCACAGACUCCAUUGCAACCGCAAGUACAAGGCCAGCAAACUGCCCAGCCUCAGACCCAUCAACAAAUGCGGACCAUAAAUGCAUUGGGAGCUAAUCAAAUGAAUCUGGCUGCAGGAGGAUUAACAGACCAGCAAGCUAGCAUGAUCUCAGAAACGGCUCUUCCGACUUCACUUGGCCCAACAAACCCUUUAAUGAAUGAUGGCUCAAAUUCUGGCAGUGUAGGAAAUCUUGGUGGCUCUAUGCCAACAGCUGCACCACCUUCAAGUACUGGGAUGAGGAAAGCAUGGCAUGAACACGUUACUCAGGAUCUGCGCAAUCACUUAGUCCAUAAACUCGUACAAGCCAUCUUUCCCACUCCUGACCCAGCUGCAUUGAAAGAUCGCCGAAUGGAGAAUCUGGUGGCUUAUGCUAGGAAAGUGGAAGGUGAUAUGUAUGAAUCAGCUAACAGUAGGGAUGAAUAUUAUCAUUUAUUGGCCGAGAAAAUCUAUAAAAUACAAAAGGAGCUAGAAGAAAAGCGGAGGUCUCGUUUACAUAAACAAGGUAUCUUGGGUAACCAGCCAGCCCUACAGCCCACUGGGAAUCAGGCUGCUGGCAUUCCACAGGGGGCAGCAACAAUGGCGCAGCCAGUGAGACCUCCCAAUGGACCUAUUUCCAUGCCAAAUGUGCCUAUGAGCCGCAUGCAGGUCUCUCAAGGAGUGGGAGUGAAUCAGUUUAACCCUAUGUCCAUAGGGAAUGUCCAGAUGCCUCAGGCACCAAUAGGACCCCGUGCAGCUUCUCCCAUGAACCAUCCUGUCCAGAUGAACAACAUGGGCUCUGUUUCAGCAAUGGCUAUGUCUCCUUCCCGGAUGCCUCAGCCUCAGAAUGUGAUGGGAGCCCAUUCCAACAGCCUCAUGGGUCAAUCCUCUACGCAAACCCAGUUCCUGCCGCAAAAUCAAUUUCCUGCCUCCACUGGAGCCCUGAAUGUCAACAGUGUAGCCAUGGGGCAAUCAGCAACACAAGCAGCAGUAUCCCAGCAGGGACAAGUUCCUGGUGCAGCUCUUCCUAACUCCGUGACUAUACUAGGACCACAAAAUGGCCAGCUCUCAUGUCCUCCGGUGACUCAACCACCCCUUCAUCAGCCUGUGCCUCCUCUGGCUAGUGUGCCAUCUGUUCAGCACCAAACCCCUCCAGGAAUGACCCCUCCACAGCCAGCAGUGCCUGUCCAGCCGGCCACACCAGUCUCUACUUCAGGACAAGCCCCCACCCCAGUUGCUGGCUCUGUUCCAAAUGCCACACAGAUGCAAAGCACACCUUCAGGGCAAGCAGUUGCACAAACUCAAGUCACACCGCAGCCUCAGACCCCAGUUCAGCCCCCAUCUGUGCCAACGCCACAGCCAUCUCAACAGCAGCCAACCUCCACCCAGGCCCCUGGCACUCCCCUGUCUCAAGCAGCUGCAAGUAUUGACAACAGGGUGCCAACACCAGGCUCUGCUGCCAGUGGUGAUGUCAACACCCAGCAGCUUGGGCAUGACACACAUGUGCAAGAGAUGAAAUCAGACAUCAAGGCUGAAAAAACAGAGUUGGAGUGUGGUGAAGCACCAACGGAGCCAAAGCCCGAGUUGGAGGAGGUCUUACAAGGGCCCACACAAGCCAAAGAAGAAACAAAUGGGAUAGAGAUCAAGCAAGAACCAAUGGAAAUAGAGGGAAAGAAGCCAGAGAUAAAAGAGGAAGAUGAUAGUGGCAGUAAUGGUGCCACUUCACAGUCUACGUCACCAUCUCAGCCAAGGAAAAAGAUCUUUAAACCAGAAGAGCUACGCCAGGCUCUCAUGCCUACUCUGGAAGCUUUGUAUCGGCAGGACCCCGAGUCUCUGCCUUUCAGGCAGCCCGUGGAUCCCCAGCUCCUGGGUAUUCCGGAUUAUUUCGACAUUGUGAAGAAUCCCAUGGAUCUUUCCACAAUUAAGCGCAAACUGGAUACAGGACAGUACCAAGAACCAUGGCAAUAUGUGGAUGAUGUCUGGUUAAUGUUUAAUAACGCCUGGCUUUAUAAUCGUAAGACAUCAAGAGUCUAUAAAUUUUGCACUAAACUUGCUGAGGUCUUCGAACAAGAAAUUGACCCUGUUAUGCAGUCCCUGGGAUACUGUUGUGGGCGCAAGUAUGAAUUUUCUCCUCAAACAUUGUGCUGCUAUGGCAAACAACUGUGUACAAUUCCCCGCGAUGCUGCCUACUAUAGUUACCAGAAUAGGUAUCACUUCUGCGAGAGGUGUUUCACUGAAAUCCAGGGGGAAAACAUUACCUUAGGUGAUGACCCUGCCCAGCCACAGACAACAAUCUCCAAAGACCAGUUUGAAAAGAAGAAAAAUGACACACUAGAUCCUGAGCCCUUUGUGGAUUGCAAAGAAUGUGGCCGGAAGAUGCACCAGAUCUGUGUAUUACAUUAUGAUAUUAUUUGGCCUUCAGGCUUUGUUUGUGACAACUGCUUGAAGAAAACAGGUCGAACACGUAAAGAAAACAAAUUCAGUGCCAAGAGGUUACAGACCACCCGUUUAGGAAACCAUUUGGAAGACAGGGUAAACAAAUUUUUGCGGCGGCAGAACCAUCCAGAAGCAGGCGAAGUCUUUGUGAGAGUAGUAGCCAGUUCAGAUAAAACGGUGGAAGUGAAACCAGGAAUGAAAUCAAGGUUUGUAGAUUCUCGAGAAAUGGCAGAGGCUUUCCCCUACCGAACAAAAGCUCUCUUCGCUUUUGAAGAAAUAGAUGGCGUGGAUGUUUGCUUCUUUGGCAUGCAUGUGCAGGAGUAUGGCUGGGAUUGCCCGCCUCCAAACACCAGGCGUGUAUACAUAUCUUAUCUGGACAGUAUUCAUUUCUUCCGGCCCAGAUGUCUCCGGACAGCUGUUUAUCAUGAAAUCCUUAUUGGGUACCUGGAAUAUGUCAAGAAACUAGGGUAUGUGACAGGCCAUAUCUGGGCCUGCCCGCCAAGUGAGGGGGAUGACUAUAUCUUCCACUGUCAUCCUCCUGAUCAGAAAAUCCCCAAGCCCAAACGCCUUCAGGAGUGGUACAAGAAGAUGCUGGACAAGGCAUUUGCAGAGAGGAUCAUUCAUGACUAUAAGGACAUCUUCAAACAAGCAACGGAGGAUCGGCUGACCAGUGCCAAAGAACUCCCUUACUUUGAAGGUGACUUUUGGCCUAACGUUCUUGAAGAGAGCAUUAAGGAGCUGGAGCAAGAAGAGGAGGAAAGGAAGAAGGAGGAAAGCACAGCUGCUAGUGAAAUACCAGAGGGAAGCCAGAGUGAUAGCAAGAAUGCUAAGAAGAAGAACAACAAGAAGACCAACAAGAACAAGAGCAGCAUCAGCAGAGCCAACAAAAAGAAACCCAGCAUGCCGAAUGUAUCCAAUGACCUGUCUCAGAAGCUCUAUGCCACCAUGGAAAAGCAUAAGGAGGUCUUUUUUGUGAUUCAUUUACAUGCCGGACCUGUCAUAAACACGCUGCCCCCCAUUGUGGACCCGGAUCCAUUACUUAGCUGUGAUCUGAUGGAUGGUCGUGAUGCCUUCCUUACGUUAGCCCGGGAUAAGCACUGGGAAUUUUCUUCACUGCGCCGCUCCAAGUGGUCCACGUUAUGUAUGCUUGUGGAGCUCCAUACCCAAGGGCAGGAUCGUUUUGUCUACACCUGCAAUGAGUGCAAACACCAUGUGGAAACAAGGUGGCAUUGCACAGUCUGCGAGGAUUAUGACCUUUGCAUUAACUGCUACAAUACCAAGAACCAUGAACACAAGAUGGUUAAGUGGGGCUUGGGCCUGGAUGAUGACAGCAGCAGCCAAGGAGACCAACAAUCAAAAAGCCCGCAGGAGUCCCGCCGCCUCAGCAUCCAGCGCUGUAUUCAAUCCCUGGUGCACGCUUGCCAGUGCCGUAAUGCAAACUGUUCGCUGCCGUCCUGCCAGAAGAUGAAGCGGGUCGUCCAACACACCAAGGGCUGCAAGCGCAAGACCAAUGGGGGCUGCCCUGUAUGCAAGCAGCUGAUUGCCCUCUGCUGCUACCAUGCCAAACACUGCCAAGAGAACAAAUGCCCUGUGCCGUUCUGUCUCAAUAUCAAACACAAGCUCCGCCAACAGCAGCUCCAACAUCGCCUGCAGCAGGCGCAGUUAAUGCGACGAAGGAUGGCUACCAUGACCACCCGAAACGUGCCUCAGCAAAGUUUGCCUUCUCCUACCUCAGCAGCUCCUGGGACUCCAACACAGCAGCCCAGCACCCCUCAGACACCUCAGCCUCCCCCUCAGCCUUCCCCUGCCAGUAUGUCUCCAGCUGGCUUCCCUAGUGGGGCAAGAACUCAACCUCCUCCUCCUCCCCCUCCUCCUCCCCCCAUUUCAACAGGCAAGCCUGCCACACCAGUGGCUGUGGCUCCCCCUCCUUCCCAACCACCCCCUGGAGCUGUGGAAGCAGCUCGGCAAAUUGAAAUUGAAGCUGCCCAGCAGCAGCAGCAGCAGCAGCUGUAUAGAGUGAGCAGCAACGGCUUGCCUCCAGGCCGAGCAGCAAUGGGGAGCACAGCAGUAGGAGCUGUGAACCCCAUGCAGCAGCAGGUUGGCAUGAAUGUACCCCGGGCAAACUCUGUGAGCGGCCCCGUGAUAUCCAGCUUGCAGCCUGGACAGUGGCAAUCAGCUCCCAUUCCCCAGCAGCAACCCCUGCAGCCAGGAAUGCCAAGGCCCGUUAUGCCAAUGGCAGCCCAGCAAGCAGUAGCUGGCCCAAGAACGCCAGGUGUACAGCAGCCACCCCGCAGCAUUCCCCCAAAUGCUUUGCAGGAAUUAUUGCGGACUUUGAAAUCGCCAAGCUCUCCCCAGCAGCAGCAGCAAGUGCUCAAUAUUCUGAAGUCCAACCCUCAGCUCAUGGCCGCUUUUAUCAAGCAGAGAACAGCCAAAUACGUAGCAAAUCAGCCGGGCAUGCAGCCCCAGCCUGGCAUGCAGCAACCCCAAACUACACUGCAGCAGCAGCAGCAGCAGCCACCACCCCCACCGACAGGCCUGCACGCUCAGUCUGGCUUGCAGAACAUGAAUGCAUUGCAAGCAGCAGGUCAGAGACCAGGGGUUCCGCCUCAACAGCCAGGGAUGGGAGGCUUGAAUGCCCAGGGCCAGUCGGUCCUGACCCCAAGCCACAAUGCAAGCAUGGCCAAUAUGAGCUCGCAGUACAGGGAGAUCUUGAGAAGGCAGCUCCUGCAACAAGGCAGCCCAGGGAUGGCCACGCAUAAUCAGUUCCAGCAGCCACCGGGGCCAGGAGGCUAUUCCCAAGCCCUGCAACAGCAGCGGAUGCAGCAGCAGCAUCUCUCACUCCAAGGGGGAACCCUGGGCCAGAUGGCUCAGCUGAACCAGAUGGGAACAGAUGGCAGCCACAACAUCCAGCAAGCUUUGCAGCAACGUAUCCUGCAGCAGCAACAGCUGAAACAACAAAUCGGCUCCCCGGCUCAGCCCAAUCCUAUGAGCCCACAGCAGCACAUGCUCUCAGGACAACCGCAGGCGCCUCACCUGCCUGGCCAGCAGAUCACCACUUCCCUUAGCAGCCAGGUGCGGUCACCAGCACCGGUUCAGUCUCCUCGUCCCCAAUCCCAGCCACCACAUUCCAGCCCGUCUCCACGGCUGCAGCCCCAGCCCUCCCCUCAUCACGUCUCUCCGCAGACCGGCUCCCCUCACCCCGGCCUGGCUGUUACUAUGGCCAGCUCCAUGGAGCAGGGACACCUGGGCAACCCCGAACAAAGUGCAAUGCUGCCCCAGCUUAAUCCCCCAAACAGGAAUGUGUUACCAAAUGAAUUAGCCCUGGUUGGCGACACUACAGGAGGUGACACACUAGAAAAAUUUGUGGAGGGCUUGUAGCAUUGUGGGAGCCUCCUGUCCUCUCCCCACUCAUGUCCCUGGACAUUUUGUACUGCAAACAGACAACUCACUUGAGGUGAGACUGGUUCUUCCCACACCCACGGAAGGAUUAAUUGCUGUUUAAAAAAAUACAAAGAAUAUAUAUUUUUUGUUAAAGCCAAUCAGGUGUGGUUCAAAUAACCUGGUCUCCUUUUUGUUGUUGUUGUUGUUGUUAUUGUUGUGGGGUUCUUUUGUUCUGUUGUUACUGUUGACUUUGCUUUUUUUUAAAGGGGAAAAACAAGUCCAUUAUAUUCAUAAUUUUAUUUGUACUUUCAAAACUAAGCAUUUGAGUUUAAGAGAAGAAUAUUAUUUGGAAACUGUUUCCUGAAAUAAUGCAGCAUCCUAAUGUGUCCUGCUCACUUUCUGCCGUGUUGCAGAAAGAUUUUUCCCCCUAUGCUCCACUCUGCAGGUAUCUGAAGUAUUAUUACCCCUGGAAAAGGGUAGGAACCGACUCUUGCACACUCAAAACACACGUUUCAGGUGUAGAAAAUGUUGCUUUGUUUCUCUGAUGAAAUUGGUUUUAGAUUUAAAAAAAUAGGGAUGAUCACUUCUUAGACUGCUAAUUUUAAUACGGAAGCAUAUUCUUUUCUUUCAUUAUUUGAUGUGAAACUUGAAAUGAGGAAAAGCAAUUUUAGUGUAAAUCAUGCAAGCUCUAAUUAUUAUAAAUACAGAAAAUUCAAGAAAAUUCAAUCACUGUAUAGAAGGGGGGGGGAACAAACAUUUCUUACUUCUAUAGCAUAUUGUUAAAUAAACUGUGCAACAGACAAAAAGGGUGGACCUCCUUGAACUCAUGUACAUGGUAUUAACUUAGUGUUUGGGUUUUUUUGUUAUGAAAAUGCUGUUUUCAUCAUUGUAUUUGGACUAUGCAUGUCUUUUUUCCAUUGUAUAUAAAGUAUUGCUUAAAAGUGAUAUAAAUUACUGAAGUUUUUUUAACAUAUAUUUUGUUCUUUUAAAUCCAUGUGAGAAUGUUUAAGGUUUUUAUUUAUUUAUAUCUCUUUUUGAUCAUGUUCUUUGUAAUGUAUAUGGCUAUAAUUAUUCACAUCCUCAUUACACAGCCCCAGCUAGUGGACUUUGCAGACAGCAUCUGUGGGUGCCUCUUAGAGAGAUGGAAAACGACCAUUAACUGCUUUCCCUUUUUCUUCCUUGAGAGUUAACAGGAAUAAAUUAUUAACCACCUUUUAAAUUAAAAAAGUCUAUCAUUUAGAGAAGGGUCACCAACAGAACUUCCUAAAUUAAAUCUGGACCACUUUGAAAUGCUGAGAGAAUGAAAGUCUUGGCUCUAGCAGAAAAAUGACAACUUGGUUCUUGUGCUUUGGGUGGAGCACAUGACAUGCUUAGGUUUUUGUAUGGGAAAUUGCUGCUUCUUUAAUGAGACUGUUUGGUAACUUUGAAUAAGAUAAAAGACAUGAUUCCCCCACCCCUCUUUAAUGAGCUAUAUGGAAAACAGUUGGACUCAUCUCACAAGAUUCCAGUGCCUAAGAUGCCCAUUGGUCAGUGAGUUCACCCCCCCCACCCAAAAGGGAGGGGAAUCCCUGAUACUGUGUCUCAUACUGUGUACUUAAAGGGGGAAGGCCUAUAUUUGUGAUCAAAAAGAAGAAUCUUGACAUGUGCUGGUGUUUUUAAUAAAGCUGGUAAAAAUACGUGGUUCUAGUUGGCUUGGUGCCCCAUUAGGGUUAAGUGGAAAUUGGCAGGCCAAGGAGUUGUGCUAAGGGUGGGGCUGUGGCUCAGUGGCAGAAGGUCCUAGUAUCUCUAGUUAAAAUAAUCAGGUAGUAGGUGAUGUGAAAGACCAUGCUCUGCCAGAGUGCCCUUGCAAGACCAAUGGAAAGAAACUUCAGGUGUUUUAGUCAUUUGUUUCUUUAAAGCGCUGCUUUUGCAUGGCUUCUGGGGGUGGGUGGGGCAACAUCUGGUAGAUGCCUAGGAGGCUAACAAGUCUUUGCUAGAAGCAGAAUACCCCCUCCACUAGCACCAGCACCCUCCAUUUCACCCACACAUCCUGUAACACCGGAAUUGUAGAGAAUGAAGAAACUGCCGUGCACAUGCUCCUUACCAGCAUGUUGAUAAAAGUGUGAGCUAUUAGAAGACCCUCAUUGAACUUUUGAACUGUUCCCUUCCUCACAUUAAAGUAUUUGACAGAGCAAGCGUCUGUGGCUUACCAUUGCUUUCUCCUCCACAGUGCCUUCUUCAAGCUGGCCAGUGCCUCUUUUGUCCCUUAGCUGGUUUAUAGAUUUGUUGACUAGUACCUGCUUGUGUUUGGCUCUUCCUCUGUAAGGAAAAGCACAGCCACUGUAAUGUAGACUCAAUCUCCAAGCUCUUUUAAACGACAUUUUCAGAGCAAUCCUAAGUAGGUCUACUCUGAAAUGAGUACCAUGUUAUUCAAUGGAGUUUACUCAUAGGAAAGUAUUCUUAGGAUUGCAGCCU